UUCUUAGAUGAACAAAUGAUUGUACUUCAUGUACAACAUUCAAUAAAAGUCAUAGAUAAAAGUGCUCUCCUGCUGCGGGAUGUACGAAAAAAUUGUACAUAUGUAUAUCUACCUGCAACUGCUGCGAGAGCUAGAUUACUAUUAGCUUCAAACCAUGCUAUUAAAUGCAUUAUUCUCCAAAAAGCCUCUGACACCAAUACAAAACAUGCAUCAAUGUACUGUAGGAUUUCAUCAGAUACUUCUGUAGUUGAU